AUGCACUUCCUAGAGACCUUUGCCUUGGCUGCUGUCAGUAUCGCGCCAUUUGCUUCAGCCGGCGAUCCUUUGGUGUCCCCGCGGCAGGCUCAGCAAAGCCUCAGCAAUGCGCUGUCGAAACAUGCAGACCUGUCGGCUUUCAACCAGCUCUUGAGCAACUACCCCAGCAUCGUCGACAAUAUCACGGCUGGGGCUGACAACAAGAUCACACUUCUGGUGCCCACCAAUGAUGCAUUCGCAAACUUCCUCAAACUGUCUAAUGCCACCGAUAUAAGCCAGCUCCCCGUCAAGCAGCUUCUAACCGUGUUCCAAUACCACACUCUAGACGCGCCCUUGACUUCCACGAACUUCAGUUCUCCAAGAGGCCUUACAGUUCCCACAAAACUUCGCGACGAGCUCUAUAACCUGAGAAGUCCCGGUUCUGCCCUCAUCAGCCAGUUCGGCGACGAGGCCCAGGGCCAGGUUCUCUACGUUUCACGAGACACCAUCAACCCGAUAAAACUCAGAGUGAGACAAAGUUCCUCGUCUGGCGACAAUACAGCAAACCUGCGAGCCGGUCUAGGCCAAACUGCAGAGCUCACUGCCAUAGACGGGGAAUGGGAUGGGGGCUACUUCCAGUCCAUUGAUACUGUGUUGGAGGCACCAAGGCCCUGCUCGACAACAAUCAAGAAGCUCUCGGGCUCGUUGUCUUCUCUGAGGGAUGCAUUGGACAAGACCAAGCUAUGGAAGGCACUGGAUACUACUGGCAAUGUCACGUGUCUGGGCCCGAACACGGCAGCCUUCAACGAGGCCGGCAGCCCGGAGAAAUCACUUGGAAACCAGGACCUCACAAACGCUUUGCUCUUCCACACACUACCUCAAGUAGCUUACAGCAACUUUUUGGAGGACGGUCAGGUAUUUACCUCGCUUGCCAAUCUUACCGUAAGGGUCACUGUCAGAGACGACGGGGUCUGGUUCAACGACGCGAAAGUCGUCAGCCCUAACGUUCUGACGAACAACGGACUCAUCCAUAUUCUGGACCGCGUGAUGUCUCCGAAUGCCACCGGGCCCUCUUCUUCAGAUCUGCCGUCGUCCACGGCUUCCCCGUCAGGAUCGAGCACUGCCAGCCCCUCCUCGACCAAUGCGCCCCCCAGCGCCGGUAACACUGUCAAGGGCAACAUGCAUGCCGCGGCUGUUAUUGCUCUUGCGGCCGGCUUAAUGCUUGUCUGA